AAAGCAGUAGAGAGCAGUCCUGCAUCAAAGCAAGGAAGAACUUGCUAAGACAAAGAUGGGAGAGGACUGCUGAUGUGUAUCUAAGUCACAGACCGAGGAAAAGAACUGAAGAUCUCUUCACCAGGAGAGAUGUCUCGUCCCGCGCACAAAAGGCCAGAAUAUCACAAAAUAAACAAAGACCUUUUUGUGCUCACCUAUGGAGCUCUGGUUGCCCAGCUAUGCAAGGAUUAUGAAAAAGAUGAAGAUGUGAACAAAUACUUAGAUAAAAUGGGUUACAGCAUUGGAACACGGCUGGUGGAAGAUUUUUUGGCUCGAUCCUGCGUGAGAAGAUGUCAUAGUUAUUCAGAAAUUAUAGACAUAAUCGCCCAGGUUGCUUUCAAGAUGUACUUGGGAAUUACACCAAGUGUGAACUGCCACAAUUCAAGCAGAAAUGAGUUUUCCCUGAUUCUACACAAGAAUCCUUUGGCAGAGUUUGUAGAAGAGCUGCCUGCUGGGCGAUCUGCGCUAUGCUACUGCAACUUACUCUGUGGGAUCAUCAGAGGUGCCCUGGAGAUGGUUCAUUUGGCUGCUGAUGUUACAUUCUUGCAAGACAGACUAAAAGGCGACAGUGUGACAGAAAUUGGAAUAACAUUUCUGAAAAAGCUAGACGAGAAAAAAUAUAGACGGAAAAAAUGAAAACUAGUGUGCGGAGAGCCACUGGUGGUUGGCUGUCCAGUGAGUACUAGCUAAGCAUACAGCCACUGAAGUUUUGCAUUGCCUGAUAGCAUGGGCUUUGACAGCCUUAUAAAUCUUGCUGUGUAUCAUACAUUUUUAGCAAUUUCUGAUACAAGUAACUUCUUAUAAUACAGUAAGCAUGAA